CGGGGCGGCGGCUGCCGGGCCUUCCACGCUGGGCCCUUCCCGGCUUCUAGGGCUGGCCGGGCUCCAGGCAUGGGCGCUGCGACGGCGAYCCCGCUCCUGCUGGGGCUCCUCCUGCAGGGCGUCCUGAGGCCGCUGCGGGCGGACCCGGUUUUCAUCCCGCCUUUCAUUCGAAUGUCCGGUAGUGCGGUCARCGCGGCCCUGGUCGGAGGCCCCGAGGAGGUGACCGUGUCCCUGGCCCCGCUGCAGGUCGAGGCUGGAGUGUUGCCAGUUCCAACUUGUGAUGUGCUGAGCAAUGAGACGGGAGACUGGAGUGUGACUGUGACCCCAAGUGUGAACGUKUUGGAGGUGACAGUGAGGCUGAAGAGGGGCCUGGAGCAGUGUUCCUCCAAUGAGACAGAGUCCUUCUCUGAGUCCCCUUGUAUUGUCCAGACUCUUCUGGUUUCAGCAUCUCACAAUUCAUCCUGCUUAGCACAUCUCCUCAUUCAGGUGGAAAUUUAUGCCAACUCUUCUCUGACCCAGGGUGCAUCAGAGAACAUGACUGUUAUUCCUAACCAGGUGUAUCAGCCCCUUGGUCCUUGUCCUUGCAAUUUAACUGCUGGUGCCUGUGAUGUUCGCUGCUGCUGUGACCAGGAGUGCUCGGCAGAGGCCAGAGACCUGUUCAGACUGUCCUGCUUCACUGGUGUUUUUGGAGGAGACGUCAAUCCUCCAUUUGAUCAGCUGUGUGCUGUUGGGAAGCCUGGCCAGGUCCCCGACUGGUUCCCCUUCCUGUGCGUGCAGUCACCUCUGGCCAACUCACCCUUCCUCGGUCACUUCUAUCAUGGUGCCAUUUCCCCUGGGCACCACCCUGCCUUUGAAGCGCAUCUGCAUGCUGAGCCACAGGGCUUUCCAGACUUCGGCUACAAACAAGGAGAUCCCGUCCUGACCGUCAACAAGGGGUAUUUUACUGUUCCGCAGGUGUCCCUGGCUGGGCAGUGUCUUCGGGAUGCCCCUGUAGCAUUCCUUCGGAAUUUUGAUGAUAAAUGCACUACUAAUUUGGAAGUGUACCAAGAACGAGAUGGCAUUAUCAACUCGAAGAUAAAGAGCAGCACCAUGGGAGGCAUAGUUACACCAACGGUGACCUAUGAGGAAGCAGGUGACCUCGACAAAUUCAUCACCAAUACAGAAGUACUUUUAGGCCACGGAUCAGCCUCCAGAUAUGUGAAUGUGGAAGAGCAUUAUAUUUUCAGAUGGAAUAAUAACACAAUCAGUGAGAUAAAUGUCAAGAUUAUCAGGGCAGAAGUCAGUGCCCUCCAGAAAGGAGUAAUAACUCAGAGGUUUACUGUGAAGUUUUUAAGCCACAGMAGUGGUAAUGAAGAGGAGAUGUCUGGAAACCCAGGUUACCAACUUGGCAAGCCUGUCCGAGCCCUUCAUGCCGACAGGAUGAACAACGUUACCACUUUACACCUUUGGCAGCCAGCUGGAAGGGGUUUGUGCACAUCAGCAACUUUCAAACCCAUUUUAUUUGGAGAAAAUGUACUCUCUGGGUGUCUCUUGGAAGUUGGAAUUAAUGAAAACUGUACUCAGUUCAGGCAGAAUGUUGUUGAAAGAUUUGAUUCGUUAAUACAGGCGACUCAUGUGGCCAUGAGAGGCAACUCUAAUUACGGCAAUCUGAGUGACGGCUGGCUGGAAAUAAUACGUGUAGAUGCUCCUGAUGCCCACAUGGGCCCGUUUUUUAGCAGCGCGUUGGGCACCUGCCCGGAUGUUCCUGCUCAGCUCCACAUCCGCAUCCUCAUCUCUGACGCUGGCUCAGUGGAAGGGGUGGCUCAGCAGCAGAUACUCGGCAUCCAGACGAGGCUCUCCACAGUGAGCUGGCAGUACCAGUGUGGACUUACUUGUGAAGAUAAGGCUGACUUUUUCCCUAUCAGUGCAUCAGUCCAGUUUAUUAAAAUACCUGCACAGUUACCCCGACCCCUGACAAGAUUUCAGAUCAAUUUUACAGAGUACGACUGUAAUAGAAAUGCGGUGUGUUGGCCACAACUUCUAUAUCCAUUGACCCAGCAUUAUCAAGGGGAACCUUAUGCUCAGUGUAUUGCCAAGGGCUUACUGUUGGUGUCCCUCCUCCUGUUGGCUGUGUUCCUCAGCCACCCCUGGAUCAGAACAGCAAAGCUGGGCACUCGACCACCAUGACUAAGUCCCUUUAAAAACCGUAGCCCGGGCUCCAGUG